ACAUUAUAUGAAUCAUCUGUCCCUCUCGGUUAUUUCUCCAUCUCUGCUCACAGUGUAUUUUUCUCCUUCAUUCAGCUCCAGCCUCAGGAGAUCAGCCCACCACCCACUGCUAACCUGGACCGCUCUAAUGACAAGGUCUAUGAGAAUGUCACAGGACUGGUGAAGGCUGUCAUAGAGAUGUCCAGUAAAAUUCAGCCUGCGCCUCCCGAGGAAUACGUGCCAAUGGUCAAGGAUGUGGGUCUGGCACUAAGAACACUCCUGGCCACAGUGGAUGAAACAAUCACGUUACUUCCAGCUAGCACACACAGAGAGGUGGAGAUGGCCCAGAAGCUGUUGAACUCUGACCUGGCGGAGCUGAUCAACAAGAUGAAGCUGGCCCAGCAGUACGUCAUGACCAGCCUGCAGCAGGACUACAAGAAACAGAUGCUGACGGCCGCCCACGCCCUGGCCGUAGACGCCAAGAACCUUCUAGACGUCAUCGACCAGAGCCGGCUCAGGAUGUUGGGCCAGGCCCGGCCGCCACCUCACUAGCGCUGGGGGAGGAGGGUGUGGAGUGUGGGAUGAACUGACUCAACUCAAAGCUUCUGGCUGAAUGACUGUCUGGACAGAUGGAAGCCAUGUGGGGGCGCCCUUGGGUUUGUUCACCUGUUCUUUCAUGUCUAAUCAGUGAUUACUUCAAGGAAGGGAGGAAUAAGGAAGAUUGCACUGUGAAGGAAUUUGAACGGGGCACUGCUUCUACAGGGCCAUCAUAUGGACUGGACUCCAGGUGCAUCACCAGGCAGACUAGCGACCACCUCUGACCCUCACUCCCCAACACACCACUCCUUUUUAUUGACUUGGAAUCUUUGAAGAGGUAUUUUAUUUUAUGCUGCACCGAUUGUGUUGGCUGACUAACUGUGAAUUCCUACAGUCCCAGAUUUCAUCUGAAGAAGAAUCAGGAGGCACACUUCAGAAACUGCUCCCCCCAGAGGACAAAUGGGGGAUGACGUGGACAACAGAACUGAACUGGAACCUCUAUGCUUUAGUAGACAGAACACUGAACUCCUCACACUACGUCUAACAUGUCUGUUUCAUUGUUAACACUUGUCACAAGCUCAAUAGUGAUUCAUGGAGGAUCACAAACACUGGGAUAUAUUUUGUCUUGGCUCAGUCGGCCAUCUUGUCAAAUAGGAGAAAAUAACGGAUGAAAUAAAAUGAUGACAAAACGACAAAGCUGUGACAGUGCUUUCCUGUGUUUAUGAAUGACAGACAAAGCUGUGACAUUGCUUUCCUGUGUUUACGAAUGACAGCGCUUUCCUGUGUUUACGAAUGACAGACAAAGCUGUGACAUUGCUUUCCUGUGUUUACGAAUGACAGACAAAGCUGUGACAGUGCUUUCCUGUGUUUACGAAUGACAGACAAAGCUGUGACAGUACUUUCCUGUGUUUAUGAAUGACAGUGCUUUCCUGUGUUUACGAAUGACAGCCUAAGCUGUGACAGUGCUUUCCUGUGUUUAUGAAUGACAGCCAAAGCUGUGACAGUACUUUCCUGUGUUUACGAAUGACAGCCAAAGCUGUGACAGUGCUUUCCUGUGUUUACGAAUGACAGCCAAAGAUGUGACAGUGCUUUCCUGUGUUUACGAAUGACAGACAAAGCUGUGACAGUGCUUUCCUGUGUUUACGAAUGACAGCCAAAGCUGUGACAGUGCUUUCCUGUGUUUACGAAUGACAGACUAAGCUGUGACAUUGCUUUCCUGUGUUUAUUAAUGGCAGCCUAAGGAUGGUGUAGCAUGUCAUUUAUUUUCCCUAAUGGUGUUUAGCUGAAUCAUUUUUCCAAUAGUUUAAUAGAUUUACAUUCAUAUUUUAAACUUCUCGACAUUUCAUCAACACAUGUUCCCAUUUAACACCAACAGGAAUGAAUGAAUACCUUAAAGGGUCAUCUCAGCAGUACUUCUCAUACUAAUCAGCUAUUACACAAGUCUUAUUCAUAGCUUACUGACAAGUUACCAUGCUUAUCAUUUAGGUCUAUCUGUGAUAGAUCACUGAGAAGCGAGAGGACACCUAUUGACUGACUUUAACAUGUAAAGUCAUGAUAUUGAUUUGGAUAUUGAUGUUGGCUACAGCCAGUUCCUAAGCUAUUCAACAAGGUUUAUUAUUCCUCCUGGUUCCCUCACCAGCUUUAUCCUCAGUGGUCAUGCAAGUGUCAUGAGGCUCCAGGCAUUUUUUUAUGUUCUGAUUGCAGUCAGCGUUGGAGGUGAGUGAACUGCAUCAAUAGCAUCUCAGUGCAUCGACUGAAAUGACAUAUAAAAAUGAAAUGAUAAACAAAUGAAUGAAUGAAUAAUGAAUUCUCUGUGGAAAGGGAUAUACUGAGGAGCAGAAUAAAGAGAGAGUCUUCAUGUUUCUUUCA